AUGCCAGAUAUAAGCGCCCCGCCACCGCCGCCCCGGCCGAAAUUAAAGUUGAAGGCAUCAUUUAGCGAACCGAACGGUGCGCCUGCAACACCAUCAAGUGCGGCCCCCCUCUCGAGCAAGAAGAUCAAGCUCAAGUCGUCACAACCACCGACGCCCGCCGGUUCUACCGCGCCAACACCUGUGAAGACCAAGGCCGGGCGACAGCCGAAGCCUACGAGCAAACUUAUCGAGUCGAAGAAGCGCGAGCAAAUCGAGAUCGAUGACGAUGGCACAAAUCAACCGGCGAAGAAGAUCAAGCUUCUAAAGAUCCCUCAUGUUGCAACCCCGGGAGGCCGUCACAUUGUUGUUAAAUCAAAAGGCAAACCACCAAAUCACCCGCCCGGCGAUGGCUACGAUUCGGAGGCGAGUGACCAAGAGAAGGACCCCGUGAUCGAAGAGCAAUUCAUUCUGCGUAUGAUGCCUGGAGAGCACUGCGAGUAUGUGAGGAAGUGUAUAGAAGAAGGAAAAGUUGGGCUACCGAGAAAGGACGGCGGCGCGGACAUUGCCAUAAAGUUCUUCGAUGACGAGAGUCGACGCGCCAUGGUCAUAGUCAAGGGGCAGCACUACGCUGCUGUCAUGGUUGAGUUGCCUACAAUCACAGAAGGCAUGAAAUCCUGGGACAGGAAGACAUUCAUGAAAUCCGCCGACAUCUGUCACAUGCUUCUUGUUUUCCAACAAGUACGGAGUGAGGAGGAGGCGAAGAAGGCACCACUACCCUCGAUGAUCCAACCUGGAUUUAAGUGGCCCCACGGUUUGACGCCGCCAAUGCAUGACGCCGUCAAUCAAAGAUUUGCCAAGGUGAUCAGUCGAUCUGAGAUUGAACUGAAGGAGAAUGAAGUCAAGAAGCUUCUAGCCGCCGAUGCAGCAGCUGUCUCUUCAAAGUAUGAGCUCAUCGACGAGAAGAGAAUGCAGUCCGGAGAUGAAUACUCUGAAGACGAGCAGGAUGCCGAUGGCGAAGCUGAUGACAGCGGAUACUUCCCUGCCGAUGGCUACGCCAACGGCGAGCUGUUUGAUGACGAUCUUGAGGCUGAGCUCGAGGCUGCCUUUGAGGAGGAAAUGAACCAGCCAGUUACCGAGGUGGGAACGCCAGCAACACAAUUCGAAGCAGCCACACCGAUGACAAUGAACAACGGCACACCGGCAGCAAAUGCGCAAGACAGUGCAGACGGUGAGGAGUCGGCGGUCAGCGAAGAAGACGAAGACGACGACGAUGAUGACGACGACGACGAUGACGAUAGGGCACGUUUGGACGAAGUCAAGGCGGUUCGGGAAGAUAUUACACAACUCAAGAAUGAGAUCGCCAAAAAGGAAGCGGAAAUGGCCAGGAUAGACAACAAGAUUCUUCGCGGCCGUGUUGAGUCCCGCUUGAAGGAUUUGAGGGCAGAGCUUCACCUGAAGAUGACCUCCAUAGGAGAAGAGGAAGAGGACGAGGAUUAG